AAUAUAAAAUUAUGUUUGAAACACAUACUUGUUCGCAAGGCUAAAGGCAUUUAGUGUAAUAUGUUUUCAAAGAUUGGAGAUUUUCAGGACAUAUGCUAUAAGGUGGACCCUUGUAUAGCAAACUGUCAUACAUUUGAUAUGAACGCUUUUCCGAGAUAUAAAUACACAGCUGUCAGGGUAGAGAGUUUUAAUCAAAGAUUGAAAUCUUUAAAACAAGGCGAGUUUUUUCAAUACAGCUUUGGAAACGUCAGGCUAGAACUCAUUUGCGACGGCUUGAGUCGCAAGUGCAAACAAUUUACUGAAAAUGCAUUUGCUCACAUUAAAGCUGUAGAAAGCAAUAUUAAACACAACGACGGAACUAAAAUGGAACCGACAGUGUGCGUCGUCCAUACCCAUUGUUUCAAGAACGAUGCGGUACGAAAUCUUUCGGAGUUGAUGUUAUUAACCAACGGCAACCAAAUGGUAAUCAAUAACUUAACAGAAGAACAUAAAUCCAAAUUAAUUGUAGUUUCAAAAACCGAGGAUUUAGAAAAAAACACAAAUUUGUUGUUGGAGCGUUAUGUUUGUGGGGUACUCGGAAAAAUGGUAGAUACAUGGUUAAUACAGCAAAAAGAUACCAAUGUACUGCAGGAUAUUGAAGCACCAGAUCCAUUUCAGAACCAUCAACGGCUUUCCCCCAAAAAGACGAUUAACAAUUUUACAACCGAUUUAUUAUUUGAUUGUGAUGACCAGCAGACUAAAGAGAAUGGCUUUCCACUCAAGAAAAGAAAGUCCAGUGAAGACCAAGGAGGAUCUUUAAGAUCAGGUAAACGGUUCAGACCAUCAGAAGGGACUUCAAGAGACAGAGAAAGCAAACUAGAAAUCCUUCUGCUGGAUGUUAUGGCGCUGUACGAGAGAAGUGAAGUUCCAAAGUCGGAGUGGCCACAAUUUCUGCGCCCCAAAACACAGUACUUAAGCCGAAAGAAUGUUUCGGCUCUAUGUAAGACAGACCCCAGCAUUAUCGCUUGUGGUUAUCAACACCAUAUUCUCGAAAUAUUUUUGAAUAGACCGGAAAACUCGGCAUUGGAUAGCGCUAUCAUAAAAACAUUACAUGGACUUCGUAUUGUAUAUUUUCAUCUUAAUUACGGACCGUCCACAUAUCGUCCGUUAGCAGGAAUCGAUGUUGGCACAAAACUUUCCGGAAAAAAUGGACGAUUUGGUACUUUAGGAGGAUUUGCAUUUGGUGGCCAAGAUGUAUACGCAUUAAUAUCUCGUCACUUUGCCGAUGAACAAGAAGAUGGAUUUAUAUACUACAGGAAUGCCAAUGACUAUUCCGAGUGCAUCGCAGUAAGGACGCGUCCAGCCCAAGACGGUAGGGAUGAACUUGAUAUUGCAGCAGCGAAAGUGUUACCAACCAUUCAAAUUAAAGACACGCGUUUUAAAACAUCAACAGGCGCGCUUUCUAAUACUUUGUUGUUUAGAUUUCAAGGCAAAACUGACAAGGAGGUGCAGCGUUUAUUACAAGGAGAGAUGGUCUUUGCCUGGACUGCCAAUUCGUCUGCUGGGUUCCCCAGCCUUGGAAGAAUAAUCGUACCUCUCUGUAUUAGACCAAAUUGCAGAUAUAAGUAUGUAGUCAUUGUAAACGAUGCUACUUGCGACGAUGACAAUAUUCAAGCGGAAAGCCAAAGAGGUGAGAUGUUCGGUAAGCCAGGAGACAGCGGAGCUAUUGUAUGCGCGGACGACAAGGAUGGAAAAGGUGUCCACGUUAUUUCAAUGUUCAUGGGAGAACUUCAAGGACGAGAUGCCACCCAGUUCAUGACCUUGCCAUUGCAACAAGGAUUACAACAGAUAAAUCGGGAACUAGGCCUUAAUCUGGAAAUGCGUUAAAUUGCGCAGUGCGUUUAUAUUAUUUGUCAUACCAGUACACGGAUAUACAUUGGUGUCUGAUAUACUUUUAUAUAAGGACAGAAUAACUGGACAGAACUGAAUACGUUUUUUGAGAAAACAACAACAUUUGACACAAUGCCAUAUUGCAUUUUAAAUACAAACGCAGCAAAUAUUUGUGUCAUAAUUAAUUUUUUAAGAAUAAUUCUCUUCUCAAUCGAAAUUAAAAUGCAUAGUAGGUAGUGAUUAUAUGUUAAUAAAUAGGAUCGUUAUUGUAUGAUUUACAUAAAACAGUUUACUGCCCUUACGUCUUGUACUAGAUCAAGAUUGGCAAACCUCGACGUUUACUUAUGUGAAACCCCACGAAACGAUAGGACAAUAACCCGGUGAUAUUUAUGUAGAGUUUAAUUAGCUUUCGCUGCAUUGGCUGUUGCAAGGCAUAAGCCAGUGAGUUAAGUCAUGUUUAAAUUGACUUACUUAUAUUUAUCGUUCUGUUCUUUGUACGCAGUUGGCCACUACCCAACAAUCAAGGACCAUGUCAUUGUAACGAGUUUUUUUCCUUAUGGUGAUGUAUAUGGAUUUUUGUUGUAAAAUGUUUAAAUGAAUUUUGUCUUUGUAUUUGUUUUUGCGAUGAUUUAAUGCAAUAUAACUAAAAUGAUUUUCUGUAAGAAGUUGCGAUGCUAUCUCUUGACGGAAGUCUACGAAAAGUUUAGUGUAAUAUCUUAUGUGAUGCCAUGUAUGAAUCGUAGUCAAACUGAGUUUGUGUCGUAAUGCAAGAACACUAUAUAAUUGAUGUAAAUGCAUAAAUGUGAAAUUUCAAAGCUGGCUUAAUGUAUCAUAACAAAAAUAUUGUAACGUC